GCAUCCACUUGUUUUUCUCAGACACUAUUUUCUUCCGAUUCUUUUUCCUCCAUGAUUUCUCUGAAAAUUCACCAACCCAAUAUUUUUCUCUUCGUUUCCCAAACUACCCCUCUCCGCUCCUUUCUUUCUCAUCCCAACUCUCCAGUUCCUCCAAGACCCAGAUUUUCUCUCAAACCCAACCCUCUAUGCUUUUCACCUUCUCAAAUCCAAUCCUCAAUUUACUUCAAACCCCUCAAAGUCUCAGAACUUCAGCCAUCAGUUCGUCCCAAUGAAGAAGGAGAAGAAGAAGAAGACCUUCAAAACUCGCCUCAGCUCCAAGACUUGUCCCCAAACGGCGCCGUUUACCGGAAAACGCUGGCAUUGGUCGAGUGCUCCAUGUUCGCUGCCCUCACAGGCUUGGUUUAUUUCUUGAGCAAUUCUCUUGCAAUUGAGAAUUAUUUUGGAUGUUUUUUCUCACUGCCAAUAGUGAUAUCCUCAAUGAGAUGGGGCAUUGCAGCUGGAAGGAAAACUAUGGUUGCAACAACCGUGCUGUUACUCAUCUUGUCUGGACCAGUAAAAGCCUUAACCUAUUUGCUUAGGCAUGGUAUAGUUGGUUUCACAAUGGGUGCUUUGUGGAGGAUGGGAGCAGAUUGGAGUCUCUCGAUUUUCUUGUGCACAAUUGUUCGAGCAUUGGGUGCUGUAGGAUAUGUCUUAAUAACCUCAUUCUUGAUAAGAGAAAACAUUCUUGCUUUGAUCACCAUAAACAUACAUGCUUCUCUUACAUUCAUGUUCACUGCAGCGGGAAUAUAUACAAUUCCGUCGAUGGAGUUUAUAUACACCCUAUUUGGGAUCCUCGUUUUGCUAAACAGCGGAUCCUUCAUGUUCUUGCUGCACCUAUUAUACUCGGUGUUCCUUACCAGGCUUGGGAUGAGGACUUCGUUGAGGUUGCCAAGAUGGCUAGAGAAAGCAAUAUAACAGCAAGUUAUCUAAAGAUUUCCCACAGGUAGCAUAUAAUUUCACCAGGGCUGGCCUUCACAAUUGAUUUACUGUUAUAAUUCCCCAAGACCAAACAUAACUCCUGUCAUGGACUAUUCAAGUUAGUCCAUUGUUGACCAGUCUAUAGAAAGCUAGCAAUGAUGGCACCGCAAUUCUUUCGAUUGCAUAGAUAUCUUGAAAAUUACCUUUGUAUAUGUAUACAUUUUUAUGCAUUAAGAUACCUCUAUGUACGACAAUAAUGAUUAAAUAGGAACAUGAGUUUUCCAAAGAAGUACUUAAAAUCUCUUUUUAAUAUAUUAUUAAUUUAUUAAUAAACACCCUUAGGUCUGCUAAUUUGAGUGGGACAUCUUUGUAAUUGUAUGGAGAAAUUUUGGCUUUAGUGUUAUCCGGCUGGUGAAAAUCGAGUUCUUUAAAAAUAAUAAUAAUAUUAUUAAUAAUAAAAGUUAUGAAUUUUCGAAAAUUCAAAUCCCUGAUUCCAAUCUUAGACCAAUUUAAUUCAGUUCCCAAAAUUUUCCAAAACUAUGAAGACUCAAUAUGGAACAUCCAUUAACAACUAACAAUAUGGAUAAAUCAAAAUCACCAUAGCAAAAAAUGGCCUAUUCUUCUAUUCUAAAAACAAAUUACAACAAAUAGAUGAUUAAAUCGGGUCUCUCCGGUCACUACUUUCAUCUUGUUAUACAAAAAUACAUUAAUCAAAAACCUCAGCAAAGAUUGCGUCAUUCUUCACUUGCC